AUUUUUCAUAAUGAAGUCAUUGACGUUGUUCCUAUACUUUUUAUUAUCAUUAGUAUGAACAGUAUUUAAUACGAGUGAAAGAGAAAUAGAAAAGCGAUAUAAAGCCAAGUCGAUAUCGAUAAACAAUCCGCUUUAUAAGUAAUAAUUAUUUUAUUUUGAUCUUUAGCAGUAUCUAGUAUAAUAUAAAGAAAAUCAUACUAUUUAUUACUUUAUGGGUUUCAAAACUAUGCAUAACUAGUCUUGUUGUAGUAAUAAUAACAAGUAGUAAUAGUCAUAGUCAUAGUCAUAAUAAGGGCUAUACUUUAUAUAUAUUUCUAUAUUACCCUUUUCCUUUUUAUUUUCUUUUUCUUUCUUUUAUUUAAAUAAUAAUUUCCCUUUUCAACUUUUUUAAAAAGAAAAAUGCAACAAAAUAAUCUGCAAACACCACCACCACCACCAACUUAUCAACAAUCUCUUAAACCUGGACAAACCUAUUAUGAACCUCCACCAGUAAAUAAUAACUAUGCACCUCCACCUCCAGCAACAGCAGCAGCACCACCACCAUCAUCUCAGCCUCAAAAUAUGGGGCAAAGAUUUACACAAUUCUAUGCACCUCCUCAGAAUAGAUCUUUGGGUUUAAAAAGAAGACUUUGCUCUUUCAUCCUGUGUUGUAUUAUCAUAGGUCUUACAAUAGGAUUAGCAACAGGUUUAACAAGAAGAACAUACUAUCAUAAUUCACAUAGAGGAUGUAAUUGCCGUGUAAAUUCUGAUUGCACCAAUGUAUAUGGGCCCGGAACAUAUUGUUAUUCAAACUGUCAAUGUGCACGACGUUAAUCGUUAUUAUUAUUAUUAUUAUUACGUGUAUAUAUUAUAUUAUUUCAACAGAUCAUAAUUCCUUUGUUACUAUUACUACUAUUACUAUUAUUAUUGCUUUGUAUAAAAAAAAAUAUGAACAAAGAUAAAAUAAGAUGAUUAAAAUUUAUCAUACUAUUUUACUAUGACUAUAGUAAUGAUAGUCAUAGUAGUAGUAAAUUUAAUAUAACAAAUAAUAAUUAUCAUGAUAAAUUA